GCAGAGUUGAUGCGUCAGGCUUAGGCUCAGGCUGCAGUGACAGCAGCUGCAUGCAGGUCUCCUCGAGUUCCUGAAGGAUGGAGCCUGGGUUUUUUUUUUUUUUUUUAAUUUAUUUCUAAAUUUCCCCCCUUUUCCGUCUGUGUUGGUCAUUUGCUGUUGUUAUUUUUGGCAUGUUUUAUAAUUUUCAGUCGGUUUUCAGAAUAUAGAUAGCAUACUGUACAUUCUCUGUAUGAUGUUCCCAUGAAAGUGCUGUUUUUGUUUUUUAGUUAUAAAGCACUUCAGUAAAUGACUUUGAUCCAGUUGAGACUUAGUUUUAAGCUUUGUUAUACUUGACCUUUUUAAUUUGCUACUUACAGGAUGUGACCAUUAAUCUUAGAAAGUAGCUUUGCCCAAGUCCUGGACCUAGGUUUAGCACGCUCCCUCUGGAUUUAAUUCUAAUCUCUAACUCCUCAGUGCCGUUCAGCUGCUGAAAUCUCUGCUCAGCAUUCAAGCUUUCUGUUUGCUGUUUCCCACUACAUAUCUUGAAGGCUUGCCUUGUACAUGCACAAGUCAGAAAUUUACCCACAAUUUGAGGGAAAUUAGGAUGCAGAUUUGGGGACACUCUCUUAGCUUCCUGUCUUUUUCAAUAGUUUGCUCCUCAAAUCACAGCUCCUUUGGCGUCCUGAAACGCCAGACUUUGUCUCCUCUGACGUGUGAGACUCCUGCUUUCUUCUUGGGCUCUUUUCGCCUUCACCACAACUUGGAAAAUGCCCCCAGGAAAAUUCCGAGGUUCUCAGGGUGGCAGAUGAGGAAGAAGGUGGAGAACAGGAUAGAAAUGAAAUUUUGAGAAGGGAGUCCAGCCUAGAAGCUUUGCUGUGGUGCAGUGGUGACUAUCUGUCAAGGCCUGGGCUGAGGAGAGAGGCCUCUGAGCAGUUUAAUGAGGCAUCAUGGGGGAUAAAAACAAACACAUUGCUGAAUAUUUCAAAUGAUCAUUCCAAGGCUGCUAUCUCAUUCAAUCAUCAGAAGAAACCGAUAGGGCCUUCUCUUUCCAGAACUGGUGGAAGACAAAUGAAAUGGCCAAGAUGGUAAGAAACAAGCCGCAUUUCUCCUUGGGGAGACUGAUAAUUUAAAAGGUUUGUUGUGUCAGAAACAUUCCCAGCUUCAUCACCAACCCUUUCCUUCCACCUCUGCCCACUGGAGACCACUUAUAUCCCGAAGCGGACGCGGCAGCUGAAGUCAGGAAACCAUGCAUCACAUUAGCAGGAGCCAACUGCAGACUUUAAACUCCGUUCAACAUGUGGAUGCGGCAGAGAAAUGACCUGUCCAGACAAGCCGGGGCAGCUCAUAAACUGGUUCAUCUGCUCCCUGUGCGUCCCGCGGGUGCGUAAGCUCUGGAGCAGCCGGCGUCCAAGGACCCGGAGAAACCUUCUGCUGGGCACUGCGUGUGCCAUCUACUUGGGCUUCCUGGUGAGCCAGGUGGGGAGGGCCUCUCUCCAGCAUGGACAGGCGGCUGAGAAGGGGCCACAUCGCAGCCGCGACACCGCCGAGCCAUCCUUCCCUGAGAUACCCCUGGAUGGUACCCUGGCCCCUCCAGAGUCCCAGGGCAAUGGGUCCACUCUGCAGCCCAAUGUGGUGUACAUUACCCUACGCUCCAAGCGCAGCAAGCCGGCCAAUAUCCGUGGCACCGUGAAGCCCAAGCGCAGGAAAAAGCAUGCAGUGGCAUCGGCUGCCCCAGGGCAGGAGGCUUUGGUCGGACCAUCCCUUCAGCCGCAGGAAGCGGCAAGGGAAGCUGAUGCUGUAGCACCUGGGUACGCUCAGGGAGCAAACCUGGUUAAGAUUGGAGAGCGACCCUGGAGGUUGGUGCGGGGUCCGGGAGUGCGAGCCGGGGGCCCAGACUUCCUGCAGCCCAGCUCCAGGGAGAGCAACAUUAGGAUCUACAGCGAGAGCGCCCCCUCCUGGCUGAGCAAAGAUGACAUCCGAAGAAUGCGACUCUUGGCGGACAGUGCAGUGGCAGGGCUCCGGCCUGUGUCCUCUAAGAGCGGAGCCCGUUUGCUGGUGCUGGAGGGGGGCGCACCUGGCGCUGUGCUCCGCUGUGGCCCUAGCCCCUGUGGGCUUCUCAAGCAGCCCUUGGACAUGAGUGAGGUGUUUGCCUUCCACCUAGACAGGAUCCUGGGGCUCAACAGGACCCUGCCGUCUGUGAGCAGGAAAGCAGAGUUCAUCCAAGAUGGCCGCCCAUGCCCCAUCAUUCUUUGGGAUGCAUCUUUAUCUUCAGCAAGUAAUGACACCCAUUCUUCUGUUAAGCUCACCUGGGGAACUUAUCAGCAGUUGCUGAAACAGAAAUGCUGGCAGAAUGGCCGAGUACCCAAGCCUGAAUCGGGUUGUACUGAAAUACAUCAUCAUGAGUGGUCCAAGAUGGCACUCUUUGAUUUUUUGUUACAGAUUUAUAAUCGCUUAGAUACAAAUUGCUGUGGAUUCAGACCUCGCAAGGAAGAUGCCUGUGUACAGAAUGGAUUGAGGCCAAAAUGUGAUGACCAAGGUUCCGCGGCUCUAGCACACAUUAUCCAGCGAAAGCAUGACCCAAGGCAUUUGGUUUUUAUAGACAACAAGGGUUUCUUUGACAGGAGUGAAGAUAACUUAAACUUCAAAUUGUUAGAAGGCAUCAAAGAGUUUCCAGCUUCUGCAGUUUCUGUUUUGAAGAGCCAGCACUUACGGCAGAAACUUCUUCAGUCUCUGUUUCUUGAUAAAGUGUAUUGGGAAAGUCAAGGAGGUAGACAAGGAAUUGAAAAGCUUAUCGAUGUAAUAGAACGCAGAGCCAAAAUUCUUAUCACCUAUAUCAAUGCACACGGGGUCAAAGUAUUACCUAUGAAUGAAUGACGAAAGAAUCUUCUGGCUAGGGUGUUAGAUAUAUUUAUGCAUUUUUGGUUUUGUUUUUAAAUCAAGCACAUCAACCUCAAGCCCGUUUAGCAAUGAGGCAGUGUAGAUGAAUACGUAAAAUAAAUGACUUUAACCAAGUAGCUAUAAUGGGACUUAGCACUGUAUGCAUACUUAAAAAGGUUUUGAAAAACAAACUACUUGAGAAAUAUUUGUUUAUAUUUUUCUCUAACAUCAUGCUAUGUGUCAGUCUGAACAUCUGACAAAAGAAAUUUCAGUUAUUAUUCUAGCUAAGUUUUGAAAACAUUUGUCAUGCUGUUUAAUAGAAAAGUGCAAACCAGAGAUACUGACUCCAUUAAUAAACCAUAUUUUGUGCCAUUUUGACUGUUCUGACCAAAUACUGAUGGGAACAAUUCUUGACGUUUUUCUGUUGCUGAUUGUUAACAUAGAGCAGUCUCUACACUACCCUGAGGCAACUCUACAUUGGAACACUGAGGCCCACAGCCUGCAAGAGCAUCAGAGCUGACCAUACAUUUAAAGAGAAAUGCUGGUUUAUUUGCAAAAUCACCAGUAUGUUUUCUAUUGUGUCUAUAAAAAAUCAGCCAUUUAAGUACAAGAAUCAUAUUUUCCAUUCCUUUUUAGAAAUUUAUUUUGUUGUCCCUAUGGAAAUCAUUCACAUCUGGCAAUUUAUAUGUUAAAGAGUUUUACUCUCUCUAUUUUGGUCCAAUUUGUAUCUAGUGGCUGAGAAAUUAAAUAAUUCUAAAGUAUGAAGUUAUCUAUCUGAAAAUGGACUUACAGAGUAUCAUUUUAAAAUGGAUGUCUCUUUAAAAAUUUUGUUACUUUUACCAACAAUGUGAUAUAAUUUAUGUAUAUUUUAUUAGUAAUAGUGAAUUCCUUAAAAUUUGUUCUAUGUAAUUAUAUUUAAUUUGAUUUAAUGGUUACUGCCCAGAUAUUGAGAAUUGGUCCAAAUAUUGAGUGUGUUUCAAUAUAUUAUUUGGCUUAUUUCAACAUGAGUAAUAUGAGCAAAAUAAGUUAAAACCUGCGUCUGAUCAAUUUUCCUCAUGACUAGAACUAAAACAGUAAAUUUGGACAAUAUUAAGCCUCAAAUAAUCACCUCCAAACUCCUUCUAACACUUUUUAAAUCAGAUUGGAAGACAUGGACAAAUCAGGUUCAUGUGUUGCAUCUUUAUGUCCUUUGCCAAUAUCCAAGAUCAUCACAUAUGGUAGAUAUUCACAUGGAGUUUCAAAUUCAGAAUAGAUUACCAUUACCCUCCUGCCCUUACACAUCCUACUCCUUAUUUAAAAGUUCUAUUUGUGACUUUUUCAUUUCCUGAAAGUUUAAAAAUACAAUUUGAGAAUGCUUAUAAUACAUUCUCUCCUGUCUUUUCACGGUUACGUCUGUUAUUGCUAAAAUACACCACAUUUUCUUUGUUCUGGUCAAGGGUAACUCAAUAUCUGUGUGAAAGAGAACUACUAACAACAUUACGAUAGAGGCUAGAUUUGAAAAAAAAAAUCUAUAGAUCUAAUUGAUACAAUUGUAGAACAAAAUGUCAAAAUAAUGUUUUAAGUAUAAGAGAAGGUGGACCAAGGAGAGAGAGAUCAUUUGAAAAUCUAAUUGUAGCUUUUCUAGGCUCACAUUCAGGUACUACUUUUAGCACCCUUAUGGGCUGUGCUCGCCCCCUGGACAGUUGAGCUUUGGAUUAUCUUCCUCUUCAAUUUUCCCUCUAUUGACCCGAGUGUCUCCCUCUGCUUCUACAGAUUUAUAGUACUCCUUGGCUCUUUUGAGUCUCCACUUUUACUCACUGUCUCUGGGAUUUUUAAGAUCCUUUUCUUCUCUUAUAAAUCAUCCUCUUAAUGAAAAUUAGCCUAACAAAAGUUUGGAGACUGGAAUCCUACUUUGAGCCACUGACUUGAAAUAACUCUUUUGGCAAGUUGCCUGACAUCCUGUCUUACCAAGGUGGCAUAUUUGCAUUUUUACUGCUUAAAACAUUUUUUUUUAACCAUCUUUAUCCAAAUUUAUCAUAUUGAUGAUAGGACUAACAGGCUUUUUAGAAGCUGGCUUUAACUUUGAGUCUCAAGCUACAAUGCUGUUGGGCAGCCUGGUCUUCCCAUGUGAGGGUUUAAAUUUGUUUAUUUGCCUCCAGUUAUUCCAAAAUGCUUAUUAAAUGAAAGGCCCAGGAACAUGUUUAUUUUAGUCACCUUUGCUUUUUAACAAUUUUGUUUUGUAAUCAAUGAGUAAUUCAUGAUGAAUUAUUUUUGACUAAUGGAUAGCCGAAGGCCAGGCUUUUAAUUCUAAUAGGUAAUGUUCUUCUUUUGUCUUAUUGAAACAAUGAGAAUACUCUGUGCAUUUCAAAUGCACUCCGAUUAUGCUGUGGUUUUAUUCACAUAAGCACAAUAUGUGUUUUAUUUAUAACUUCAUAACAAACAUAAUAUAAUAAUUUACCUUAGCAGACAUGCAAAAGCUUAUUCUUGUGUGACUUACUUUCUUUAAGCUAAUAAUAUAAAAAUAAAUAUGUAUCUUAAAAAUCUAUAAUAAAACAUUAGAAAUUAAAGAUUUGCAGAUGAGUUCAUUUGCUUUUGUAGAUGUGUUUUCAGAGCUAGGUACAGAGGAAUGUUUGCUACCUUUAGUGGUGAAAAAAGAAAGAGAGUCAAGAAUUUUGUUGGAUUGUGUUUGUGUGUGCAUAUAUUUGAUAUCAUCAUUAUAUUUGUAAUCUUUGGACUUGUAAUCAUAGCCUGUUUAUUCUACUGUGCCAUUAAAUAUACUUUACCUUAUACAUAAUGAAUAAAAUACCUAGAUGUAGGUUUAUUUACA